UGCAGCCGACCUGCUGCUGCUGCACCUAUGAGCCUCUGCGUAAAUGAAUAGCCCCGGCACAACGCGCCUCCAGACGAGCUGAUUAUGCCGAGAUAAGGAGCAUAUGAGCCGCGCUCCCUCCGAUAAUGGCAUGCGAUGACGCUUCACCCGCGGAGGACUUCCCCGAUACGCUGAUGCCCAGGGGGGCUCCCUGCAUGUGCGGCAAGAAGUGUAGGGGUCGGAGCGGCAGCGCUGUCUUCCUUGGAUUAUUCCUGCUGUCGCUCACUCUGCACGCAGUCACCCUGAUCUGCUAUCUGGACCUGCGCUCCGAGGUGAAAAGGGAAAUAACCCACCAGAAAAGGGAGUCUAUAGUAACAACCUCUGGGGUGGACCUGGCUGAACCGAUGGGGGUUCUCCCACCCGGUCACCCGCAAGUGGAGCCCAGGCGCACUGAGGAGGACCGAGAGGAGAGGUCUGCCUUCAGAAAAGGCGACAUCCACGCAACAAAAGACAGCAGAGGGAGGACUCGACGGGGAAAAAGGAGUCCCGGCAGAGAUCCAGACACAGAAUCAAAUGGGAAGGAGAAGCGGAAAGACAAGAAAAAAGGGAGGAAAAGGCCUAUGCCAGGACCCCCAGGUCCCCCGGGGCCACCAGGGCCACAGGGUCCACCGGGCAUCCCAGGGAUCCCGGGUAUUCCAGGAAGCAACGUUGUGGGGCCUGCAGGACCUCCUGGGCCCCCAGGGCCGCAGGGACCACCAGGCGCUCAAGGUCCGGCAGGAGUUCCUGAUAAGUCAAAGAGAUUCCAGCCGGCAGUGGUUCACUUACAAGGACAAGAAACAACAAUCCAAGUGAGGGAAGAUUUGUCUCAAGGCGUCCUCAGGAACUGGAAGAUGGUGUCCAUCAAUAAAGACGUGUUCAGGAUGAACCCUCGCACGGGAGAGCUGGUGGUGCUGCUCGACGGUGUCUACUUCAUAUAUAGUCAGGUAGAAGUAUACUACCUCAACUUCACUGACAUCGCCAGCUAUGACGUAAUGGUCGACUCCAGCCCAUUCUUACGCUGCACAUGCAGCAUCGAGACGGGCCAGCGCAAGUUCAACACCUGCUACACAGCCGGGGUGAGCCAGCUGCGCUCGGGCCAGAAGAUCUCCAUACGCAUAGCCCACGAGUACACACUCAUAAACAUGACCAACCACACCACCUUCCUGGGCAGUGUGAGGCUUGGAGAGGCUCCAUCUGCUGGACAGAACGGUUAACUGCAGACGCUUUUCAUCCUGUCUGAGGGAUUGCAGGGUUCAGCUCAAGGCCAAUGUGUAGAGGACACUCGGAGUGCCUUACUGACUGUUGUUCACUUCCAGAUGUCUGCUUCAAAUAGACUCUAAAGACUUCAGUGCUUCCCUUCCGUGUGAUUCUGUGCAGAAGAGAUCGGCCUUUUGGAACCAAAUAUCCUCAUCCUUUUAUUUAUAGCCAACCUUUAUCUGCAGCAAUCUCUUAUAACAAGGAAGGAUUGUGUGCUGACAGGUACUUAGUAAUUACAUACUUUUAAGUGCUGUUAAAUUACAGAAAACACAGCUGUGCCUAGAAGCAAUAUUAAGGGGUCAUGUCCUGUCAAACCUUUUCUCAUUUUAUCACCUUAAACAUCAAUAUAUUUUAGAUUAUCGACCCAAAUUAAGUGUUCCAAUAUUUUGAUAUGGAAGGAAAAUUGUUAGUUGAAUAUUUGUUUUACAAAUAAAAAAAACUGAAAAUUGGCUUUGGUUAUGUUUCUAUUAGCUGACCCCACUUAGUUUAAGGGUUUGACUCAUUUGUCUUUGCAAAUAAAAGAAACAAAAAGACAUCUCAGACUAUCAGUUUUCAAGCAUUGCCACGGUUUCUUGGCUUUAUUUAGGUCCGUCCUUUGACUGGACUGUGGAUAUAUAUUAUCUCUGACCCAUUCCUGGAGUCCUGGCUUUAGUUUAGCAGUUUUCCUGCUAAAAAGUAAAACUUCUGCCCUCGUCUCAAGUCUUUUGUUACCCUUUACCAGUUUUUCCUGCAGGAUCGCCCUGUAUUUAGAUUUAUCCAUCUUCUAAUCAACUCUAACCAAUUUAUUUCAAAUACAUUCAAUAAUAAUUCAAAAAUACUUAAUUGAUCCUAAAGGGAAAUUAGAUGUAUGAUUUUUAACUGUCCCAGCUGGAACAAAAAUGGCAUCUCCACAGUAUAACGCUGCCAAUGCGGGGUUUUACCUUUAAAUGGUACGUUUAGGUUGUUUGAUUUUUUUUUUCAUAGUGUUUAAGGUUUGAAUCUAGAUUUGAAGUUUAAUCUUGGCAAGAUUCUUCCUCCUAUGAUUCGCACCUCUGCAGCUCCUCCAGAGUUAUCAUGAACCUAUUGUGCCUUCCUGUGCUCUUCAUUAGUUUAAAUCAAAGGUCUGAAUACUUCAAAAUCCAAAGGGCCAUUUUAGCCUGAAUGCAGCUGAAGAACUGAUUAUACAGUAGCUGCAGAUAUCACAUGACGUUUUGAUAAAAGACAAUUCCUUUUUAAAUAAAUAUCUGCUAUUAAAUGUGUUUCCAGUUCUAAGAACUGAUGUUUCAUUUGUAUUUUUAGGUUUUAAAAUAAAGAAAACAUCAAUCUGUUGCAGAAAAAAAGGAAACAUGGAUUUUCUGGAUGUUUAUCUAUGGAAAAUUAUUUAAAAUUAAAGCACAUAGAUUGAAAGGUAAUGUAAAAAAAUAUCUUAAACCAUAUUAUUGGUUUCCUCUGAUAUCAGGCUGUUGUGGAAAUUCAAUGAUGUUGUACUUAAAGCUUCUAAAACUGGCACUUAUUCUUUUAGUGUACUCAAAAAAAAAACUGUUUGGUUCUCUAUUAUUAUUAUUAGCCACGAUUAAAAGCCAUUAUAAGAGGACCAAAGAGCCACUGGCUACAGAGCCGCAGGCUGCAGACCCCGUUCUAGAUAAACAUCCACACCAUGGUGGGUUUGUUGUUGGCCCAUACUCUCUGUUUGCAGAUGAUGUAUUGAAAUGUUUAAAGUGUUGGAUAUUGUUUUAUAACCUAACCCUACUUCAAUUUGAUUCGAGACCCGUCUGUUCUUCCUGUUGCUCCUCUGUUAUUUUACUCCCUCUGAGGCCUUCAGAUUACAGCUGAGAUCAAAUUAACCACAGCUGAACUUUGUUUGCCAGUCAAAGUUGUUAUAAAGACAUUUAGUUGCACUGGAUUUUAAUUAAAGGUAUCACAGAAGGAAGGACUGAAUGCAAAUAUGCAUUUUAUUUUUGUAGAAAAUUGAAUAUCUUUUAUUUUUCCUCCAUUUCACAGCUAAUUUGUGUAGACCCAUCAAAAAAAAGCUUUAAAGUUUGUGUUUGUAAUGUAGUAAUGUAAAAAAAAAAAAAAAAAAAAGGGUACUUUAAAUGAGGGACUGUUUUUGUGAUUUCGUGAUUUGGUUCCUCUUUUUAUUAUUUAAGCCUUUUACUAUUAGUCAUGAAGAGUUGGGUUGAAAACUCCACAUGGUGCAAAGAAGGAGGAAGGUAUUCAAAGAGCAGCAGCACUAUAUACAUAUAUGUAUGUGUGUGUAUGUAUAUAUAUAUAUAGAUCUAUAUAUAGAUCUAUAUAUAUAAAAAUGUUCUUUCUUUUUUUUUUGCACACAUUUGCACUACAGCCUCCUUGCAGAAUACCGGUGAUAUGUUUCCAAAGUGCUUUUGAUUAGUUGCCUUAUGACUGAAUCCAUGUAGAGUAACAAGUUGUUAAUACACGCCUGUACAUAAUGUAUAUAUAAAUGGAAUAUACUUUUGUAAAUGGAGUUGAUUGAUGGAUUAAAAUGUUUUCAU